AAAACGCACCGUAGGAGUUCAGUGCCGUAUCCAAAAGCAGAGCGUGCUUUAGUCGCAUAGCAGCAGCAGCAGCCACCAAUAAACCCGAAAGGCCAGCCACAGAAGCGAGUUGCUUUAAAUUAGAUUUCUAAUCACCCCAAAACACACAACAAAAAACAAAGCAAAAUGUCUUCAAGUACGAGCAUCGACAAUCCCAUCUAUGGCCCCUUCUUCGGUGUUAUGGGCGCUGCAUCCGCCAUCAUCUUCUCAGCACUCGGCGCCGCUUAUGGCACUGCCAAGUCUGGUACCGGUAUUGCUGCCAUGUCGGUGAUGCGUCCUGAACUGAUCAUGAAAUCCAUCAUUCCUGUGGUCAUGGCGGGUAUCAUUGCCAUUUACGGUCUGGUCGUCGCCGUCCUGAUUGCCGGCCAACUUGAUGUUCCCCAGAAUUAUAGCCUGUACAAGGGCUUCAUUCACCUGGGCGCUGGCCUGUCCGUCGGCUUCUCGGGCAUGGCGGCCGGCUUCGCGAUCGGCAUUGUGGGCGAUGCCGGUGUCCGUGGCACGGCACAGCAGCCUCGUCUGUUCGUCGGCAUGAUCCUGAUUCUCAUUUUCGCUGAAGUGUUGGGUCUCUACGGCUUGAUUGUUGCCAUUUACAUGUACACGAAAUAAAUCAAUAAUUCAACACACACCCAACAACAAGUAGACAAACAGCCCAGCAAUCAACAACAACAAGAGCAACUAAAACAACAACUGCAAGUAAAUCGUGCACCACAUUUAAUCAAAUCACCAUCCAGCAAUAACAAAUGUCAACAAAACUUGGUGGCAACUCUGGUGGCCGUUUGUAUAUAGCAACAAAAACAAAAAA